AUGUUUUUGGGUGCUACUAACCAACAAUCAACGAAAAAAAGUGUUGGGGCUAGUGAUGGGACAGAUAAAGAUCUUUGGGCUAGUGAUGGGGCAGAUGAAGAUCUUGGUGUUAGUGAUGGGGCAGAUGAAGAUCUUUGGGCUUAUGAUGGGGCAGAUGAAGAUCUUUGGGCUUAUGAUGGGGCAGAUGAAAAUCUUGGGGCUAGUGAUGGGGCAGAUGAAGAUCUUUGGGCUAGUGAUGGGGCAGAUGAAGAUCUUUGGGCUAGUGAUGGGGCAGAUGAAGAUCUUUGGGCUAGUGAUGGGGCAGAUGAAGAUCUUUGGGCUAGUGAUGGGGCAGAUGAAGAUCUUUGGGCUAGUGAUGGGGCAGAUGAAGAUCUUUGGGCUAGUGAUGGGGCAGAUGAAGAUCUUUGGGCUUAUGAUGGGGCAGAUGAAGAUCUUUGGGCUUAUGAUGGGGCAGAUGAAGAUCUUUGGGCUAGUGAUGGGGCAGAUGAAGAUCUUUGGGCUAGUGAUGGGGCAGAUGAAGAUCUUUGGGCUAGUGAUGGGGCAGAUGAAGAUCUUUGGGCUAGUGAUGGGGCAGAUGAAGAUCUUUGGGCUAGUGAUGGGGCAGAUGAAGAUCUUUGGGCUAGUGAUGGGGCAGAUGAAGAUCUUUGGGCUAGUGAUGGGGCAGAUGAAGAUCUUCGGUCUUGUGAUGGGGCAGAUGAAGAUCUUCGGUCUUGUGAUGGGGCAGAUGAAGGUCUUCGGUCUUGUGAUGGGGCAGAUGAAGAUCUUCGGUCUUGUGAUGGGGCAGAUGAAGAUCUUCGGUCUUGUGAUGGGGCAGAUGAAGAUCUUCGGUCUUGUGAUGGGGCAGAUGAAGAUCUUCGGUCUUGUGAUGGGGCAGAUGAAGAUCUUCGGUCUUGUGAUGGGGCAGAUGAAGAUCUUCGGUCUUGUGAUGGGGCAGAUGAAGAUCUUCGGUCUUGUGAUGGGGCAGAUGAAGAUCUUCGGUCUUGUGAUGGGGCAGAUGAAGAUCUUCGGUCGUGUGAUGGGGCAGAUGAAGAUCUUCGGUCUUGUGAUGGGGCAGAUGAAGAUCUUCGGUCUUGUGAUGGGGCAGAUGAAGAUCUUGGGUCUAGUGAUGGGGCAGAUGAAGAUCAUGGGUCUAGUGAUGGGGCAGAUGAAGAUCUUGGGUCUAGUGAUGGAGCAGAUGAAGAUCUUGGGUCUAGUGAUGGAGCAGAUGAAGAUCUUGGGUCUAGUGAUGGAGCAGAUGAAGAUCUUGGGUCUAGUGAUGGAGCAGAUGAAGAUCUUGGGUCUAGUGAUGGAGCAGAUGAAGAUCUUGGGUCUAGUGAUGGAGCAGAUGAAGAUCUUGGGUCUAGUGAUGGAGCAGAUGAAGAUCUUGGGUCUAGUGAUGGAGCAGGGGAGGUUCGUGGUUGUGGUGGUGUUGCAGGUAAGGAUCUGGGGCAUAGUGAGGGGACAUGUGAGGGGCUGGGAUUCCGAAAGAAGACCCUAGGCUGCAGUGAUGGGGUUGGCGAGGGGUUGGGCUACAAUUGA